AUGAAGUCGAUGCUCGACACCGACNAAUUAGAUCUGAGCGAGGACCGCGGCAUCUACGGACUCGUUAAGAAUAAUUCGGACUUAUUUGACCUGAUGUGCUCUUGGAAACUCGUAGACGACUCAACAAAUCUAGAAUCGUAUACAGUGAAUUUACUUAAUCAGUUAGGAGAAAAAAUUAAAUCAGACGUCUUAGACAUCAAUUCAACAACGUACGUUUUUGAGGGUCUCACUGAAGGCUUUUACAUGGCAUGUGUCGCGAUCAACGGUCCCUCUAUUACCAGCGGAUUAGUUUGCAGUGACUCCAUCCGAGCCACCGCCGACGUAAGCACCGAGACAAUUCCUAAGGUUGAGACAUCCUCGAGUCUCAUUACCAGUGGCAAUCAAGUGAAAAUAACGUGGAGCUUAGCGGAGGAAGACUUGCAGGAUGUAUCAACGUUUCUCAUUGAAUACAAACUGUCGUCCGAAAUGACGCAGAAGCGUCCAAUCAGGCAAGCUUCUCCUCCUAUGCAUCCGGAUUUAAAUAUCGAAGAAAGCGGAAAUUCAGGACUUGCUGGCUUCAGGAUCGUCCCUGCCUCGCAGACUUCGGCUGACCUUCCACUCACCGCGGGCUCUUGGAACAUUUGUCUUUCAGCGAUGAGAGGAAACCAGGCGGGUACUCCGCAAUGCCAAGAGACAAAAAUAGAGACUCCACCAGAAGUCGGAGCUCCAGAGAGCCUGUCAUACGACGAGACGAGCUACCUGCUGACGUGGGAAGCUCCAUCCGCCUCAGACGGUCUCAUUUACUACAUCGAGGGAUCAAGAGGCAGCUCCUUGCAGCACACAAACACUAGCGAGACAUCUGUGAAUCUGGCAGACUUUGUAGGGAGCGGCGAGUGGUCCAUUGCCGUGCACACACUCCAGGAUGAGAAAUAUCUCAGUGAUGCUAGUGAACUUCCAGUUAUUAUCAAUGGCCUCGAGGUCAGCACAGCGCAGACUGGGUACAGAGAGAUGCGCGUCUCAUGGCUCGAGUACGGCGCAGAUUCGGCGCCGUCCGAGGCCGUAGUCUACACCGUAAACUUCCAUGAGAGUAUCACGCAGAGCGUCAACUGCUCGGCCCAGUGUCUGGUGUACAUUACCGACCACGAUGCUAAAGCCGACGAAAGUUUCGAAGUCGUGGUUACAAACACAGAAACGAAGUUGUCGAAAAACACGAGCGUUUAUUUUUCAGAUGUUCCAAAUGUCGCAGGCGCCACGUUGACGCAGUUCACCGCAGAGAGCGCCACAGUUUUGUGGCAAUGCGUAGUGGGGGCUUCCACGUACAACGUCAGCCUCUACGAUAGCACGAAAACGGAACUAAAGUUUCAGGACUACACAGGACUGUGCCGGUACCACUUCGAUAACACAAGUUCCGAGGGCGACGUUGUCACGAUCCAGGCUUGCUUCGAAAACCCCACUGAACGCUGUGGAGACCCACUGGAAAAAAAAAUUAUUGCAGCAGACGUGGCAGUAGCAACCAACUUUGAAUCCUUCACUUGGCGCAACGGAACGCAGCUUGAAGUUUGCUUCUACGACAAGCCUGCAAACGAUCUCACGACUACCACUUCUUCGCUCCCGAAUGAAGCGACGAAACCAAUAUUUUCGCAAAAAAUAUUACGGACGUUACCGGAGAUUACAGCUGGCAUUGAAUCAGUUGGAUCCCCACUCCCUACCAAUUCGUACAAUUGUUCUCAUACUUAUUUCGUGCUCACGUACGAGACUAUAAAGCAAGGCGUCAUUUUGUCUGUGGAAGGAUGCGCUGAACCAGUCAAAGAAGGGCUUCUCUGCGGCAGCGUCGAUGUUGAUCCUGGCACGCUGAGCUAUGACAAACCCAAAUUCUAUAGGGUUUAUACCGAAAAAUUAAUAGCCUCCGCCGAAUUCCACAUGCUCAUACAACCUGGAAUACUUUCCGUGGAGCGUCUAAAAGAGGCGCAGGUAGCUGUUGUUAAGGGCGUGGGCUCCGAGUAUAACAUCAACGACUGCAGUCCACUGUCCAGCUCAACCUGCUACUUCCCCGACCUCAAUGUUCCUGACCUUCUUUGCACCAACACCAGCGACACACAGGCUAUGCAAUACAUCCGCGUUUGUGACGCCACAUUUGCCGAUACACUCGUGGCCAAUCUAACCGCGGUGUCGUCAGUGGUUCUGUCGUACGAGAGGGAAGCCAUCGAAGUGUGGCCAGCUGAGGCCCCCUCGACGGUCCACCUCGCCAUCUGCGACUCACAGGGCCAGGACUGCAGCGCCUGCGCCGGGCUGUCGUGUCCUGUGGACAAAGUCGCCACCAGCGACUCGCACGUCAUCCUCAUUGUGGCUCUCGAUGACGAAUCUAAGCACGCCAUCUCAUCCAGGCGUGAGACUGUCCAAGAUCUACGAGUCAAGACCAGGUGGCUGUCACAAGACUCCCUGGAGGUGACGUGGCAGGGCGCCGAGGACGUGUCGUAUUCAGUCUGGACCUCAAACGACACCGCGGAUCUGGUCGAAGUCUCGUGCUCGGCUUGCGAGCAUCUCUUCAUCAGACUAUCAAGCGAUGACCACGUAGUGCAGGUGCAGCAGGAGAGCUCCCUCGUGAGGAUUGAAGUGCCGGCCAACUUUCAGCCAGUGGCAGAAGCGAAUUUCAGCUUCGUCCUCCAACACACCACAAGCAACGGCUUCAUCAGCCAAGAAACAAGAUGCUGCGUAACAAGUACAUCGGAUCAGAAAUUGAAGCUUGAUUCCUUCAUAUUGGUGGACAGCAAAAAUUUCUCUCUCAAGUCCACGGUGUUUGACGGAACUAAUUGCUCAACUUUAUCCGUCAGCAGCGACUCUUUUGACUUGCGUGGACGCACAAGAGUCUUGGUUGUAGGAGUAAAGCGUGGGAAAGUUUUCAGCAGCCAGUUCGAUCUCUACUUUUUCCUUCCCCAGGUGCAGCAACUGAGUAACAAUACAGGACGAGUUUCGUGGAGAAACAAAAAUGCCGCCAAAAGUUACGAGAUGAAAUCGAUGUUCAACGCCGACCCUGCAGUGCUCAGUUCCGUCAGUUGCUCAGUCGGCGCCGCCUGCAGAUAUUACGUGUCCAUGGACUACACCGGGACUACCUUGACGGAGAAGGCAGUCGUCGUUCAAACGGCUACUCUUACAUUGGGAAAAGCGAUAAUUCCUGGUCUGAGUAUCACACAAGAACUCACGCCUCGCUACGAUGAUCACCUCUUGGUUUGCUUCGACCCCCCCGCGGGUGAAGUGUAUCGCUACGAGUUGGGGAUGGAGCGCGAGGGCGAGCUAAUAUCCAGCGAUGAUCGCGCACAGAUUCAAGAGAAGGAAGGCCAGACGUGCGCCGUGACCUCCAAGGCUGUGCUCUUGGGCGGCUACGUUAACCUCUACGCGAUUGUGGUGGCUUAUAACAGCAGUGGAAGCAUCAUUAGCUCGGGAGAAAAGACGUACUCGAAUUUGUACCUGAGCGAGGACAGCGGCGUCUAUGGACUCGUCAAGAACAACUCAGAUUUAUUCGACCUCAUGUGCUCCUGGAAACUCGUAGACGACACGGACUCUUUGGAAUCCUACACAGUGUCUCUGAAGAAUGAGCUCGGGGGAGAGAUCGAAUCAUUCACUGUAAACUUAACUUCAACGACGUACAGUUUUGAUGGUCUCGCUGAAGGCCUUUACGUCGCAUGCGUUGCGGUCAACGGUCCCUCAAUUACAAGCAAAUUACUUUGCAGUGACGCCAUCCGAGCCACCGCCGACGCAAGCCCCGGAGAUAUUGGGUUGGGACCAUUUCAUAGUUUCAUAACCAGCGACAGCCAAGUGAAAAUAUCGUGGAGCCUAGCUGAAGAAGACUUGAAGGACACGUCGGCAAUUCUCAUUGAGUACAUGACUGCUGAAAUGAGGAAUGCUCAUCAAAUAAGGCAGCCAUCGCCUCUUCUGCAGUCGGCUUUGCUACACAAACAGGAUUUGACUGUUGAUGAAAGCAAAAAUUCAGGACUUGCUGGCUUCCGCAUCGUCCCUGCCUCGCAGACUUCGGCUAACCUGCCACUCGCCGAGGGCAAUUGGAGCAUUUGUUUGUCAGCGAUGAGAGGAAACCAGGCGGGUACUCCGCAAUGCCAAAAGACAAAAAUAGAGACUGCACCAGAAGUCGGAGCUCCAGAGAACCUGUCAUACGACGAGACGAGCUACCUGCUGACGUGGGAAGCUCCAUCCGCCUCAGACGGGCUGAGUCUCAUUUACUACAUCGAGGGAUCAAGAGGCAGCUCCUUGCAGCACACAAACACUAGCGAGACAUCUGUGAAUCUGGCAGACUUUGUAGGGAGCGGCGAGUGGUCCAUUGCCGUGCACACACUCCAGGAUGAGAAAUAUCUCAGUGAUGCUGGUGAACUUCCAGUUAUCGUCAAUGGCCUCGAGAUCAGCACAGCGCAGACUGGGUACAGAGAGAUGCGCGUCUCAUGGCUCGAGUACGGCGCAGAUUCGGCGCCGUCCGAGGCCGUAGUCUACACCGUGAACUUCCAUGAGAGUAUCACGCGGAGCGUCAACUGCUCGGCCGAGUGUCUGGUGUACAUUUCUGAUCCAUCCGCCGACCCAAACUCAAAAUUUUCAGUCGUUGUUACGAACACAAAGACGGGAUUGACGGAAACCGCGAUUGUAUAUUUUGUUGACGUUCCAACUGUCUCAGGUGUCACGAUCACGGAGUUCAGCGCAGGGAGAGCCACGGUUGUGUGGCAAUGCGUGGCCGAGGCUUCUUCGUACAACGUCAGCCUCUACGACAGCACGAAAACGCAAUUAAAAUUCAAUGACCGUACUGGGCUGUGCCGGUACAACUUUGACGACCCAAGCAUCGCUGUGGUGGACGGCGACGUAGCCAAGAUCCAAGCUCGCUUUGAAAAUCCCAUCGAACCCGAUUUCACCAUCACCUCUCUGAGUUGGACAUACGACGGUACAUCUGACGCCACGACGUUGACGGUGUGUCCAGAGAAACCAUUCGCCACUUUCUUAGUCUUCAAUCUUCUCGUUGCAUCAGCCUCAAUCGGCGAGAGACUUAUCGUCUCUCAACUGGACUGCAAUGGGACAAAACUGUUGCGUCUCAAUGCGGGAACUUUAGGAGGCGAACUUACGGACAAGACUUGUCCAACCUCAACCCCUGUAGACCAGCGAGGCAUAACGUGCUAUGUGCCUGAUGGGACGCCCAAGGUGUGCGUGACUAAUGUGGAUGAAAGUCAUGUUGACUUGGAAGUCUGCGUGACAGGAUUGAAACCGACCAGCAUUUUACCUUCAUCGAGUGAGUUAAGUGCGGAAACUUUAAGUUACGGAGACAGCACACUUGCAAUCAACAAUUCAUUAGUCUCUGAGCUGCUGAUCCGCGCGGCACUGGAAGACUUUAAUUUCAAGAGCUGUACUGCAGGAAAAUGUGUUGUCAGCAGCAUGACAAGUGGCGACAUUCUCUACGAGUAUUGCGGGGUUCUCACCGACGAAACAGGCAUCACUGUCACUGCAGUGAACACAUUUCAGGAUAUUCACUUGGAGUUGGAAGAUUCGGCCACUUCCAUCAAUUUUCGGUUCUCAAACCGGUACGAUGCUGGCACCUACUUGGUGUAUGGAACCAACGUUCCUGACCAGAUUGACGGCACGACAGAUCCUAUUCUUCUGGAUUGUUCUCGCAUCGAAGUCGGUGCAUUUUGCUAUGGGUUUUAUUAUUCUGAGUCUUCGCCUUCACCUACACAUAUUGCUAUCUCCUACAGCGACUACAGCAACACAGUGAUCUCUCCAGUGCUCUACACCAACUAA